AUGGCGGGGAAGAUGCUGGGUGGGCUCCUGCUCCUCGCUGCAGCUCCUGGUGUCCUUGGCACAGCCUCUUUACAGAAGCUGCACCUGUGUGAGGGCUAUGCGGGCCCUGACGGUCGCUACCACCCCGGCUUCUACUGCCCACGCCUGACGGACCCGGCCACGCACCGCUACUGCUGCCAGCCCGGCCCCCACGCCCUCAAAGGCUGCUGCUCACGGCUGCGCGUGGAAGCGCUCACCGGGCUCAACAUCAGCGGGCUGCCCGCGCCCGGCCUGCUGCGGCACCCCCUGGCGCUGCCCUUCGUGGGGCUCUACGGGCUGCUCGUGCUGCUCCUCGUGGCCCUCGACCUCGCCCACUUUUACCGCACCCAGCGCUGCGCCCUCGGCCGCCGCCUGCCCCGUGCCCGCUGCCUGCCCUGCCGCUCCCCCAGCCCCGCAGCCGCGGCACCGCGCGCUGCCGGCGGAGGGUCGUAG